UUAGAGUCCCGGCCCUGGCCCCGGGAGGCGGGGAACAACGCGGGGACGCGCGUGCGCGCGCGCGGGGGCGCAUCGUCACGGCGACGGCGGCGGCGGCGGCAGCGGCAGCAGCGGCUCCUCCGGCGGGACCUCGCCCUCGCCUCGAGAAGGAGUCGGAGUCCGAGCCCGAGUCCCGGCGGCGCCGCGGCCACCCCCCUCAGCCUCCUCCGCCGCAGCCCGCGGGCGGCCCAUGGUCGGCGUUUGAGCCGCCGUCGCUGCAGCCCGUCCCCUGACGCUCGGCUCGGCCCGGCCCGGCCGGGAGCCCCCGAGAUGCUGCGGGAGCCGCCACAGCCGCAGCCGCGCCGCCGCCGCUGCUCCCCGCCCGCCGCCUCCGCCUGGCUCGUGACGGCCGCCGCGCUGCUCGGGCUCUGCGGCGGGGGCUGGGCGGCGCGAGUUAACAAGCACAAACCCUGGAUUGAAACGACAUAUCAUGGUAUAGUCACAGAAAAUGACAACACAGUCCUCUUGGAUCCUCCUUUGAUUGCCUUGGAUAAAGAUGCACCUCUGCGCUUUGCAGAGAGUUUUGAGGUGACAGUCACCAAAGAAGGUGAGAUAUGUGGAUUUAAAAUUCACGGGCAAAAUGUCCCCUUUGAUGCUGUGGUAGUUGAUAAAUCCACUGGUGAGGGAAUAAUUCGCUCCAAAGAGAAACUGGACUGUGAACUUCAGAAAGACUACACCUUCACCAUCCAGGCCUAUGAUUGUGGGAAGGGACCAGAUGGAGCCAAUACGAAAAAAUCUCACAAAGCAACAGUCCAUAUUCAGGUGAAUGAUGUGAAUGAAUAUGCCCCUAUAUUUAAAGAAAAAUCCUACAAAGCUACAGUUAUUGAGGGGAAGAAAUAUGACAACAUUUUAAAAGUGGAAGCAGUGGACGCAGACUGUUCCCCUCAGUUCAGUCAGAUCUGCAGCUAUGAAAUUGUGACUCCAGAUGUGCCCUUCGUUGUUGACAAGGAUGGUUAUAUAAAAAACACUGAGAAACUAAGCUAUGGGAAAGAGCCUCAGUAUAAGCUGACAGUUACUGCGUAUGACUGUGGGAAGAAAAGAGCUACAGAAGAUGUGUUGGUCAAGAUUAGUGUGAAACCCACGUGCAAGCCUGGCUGGCAAGGAUGGAACAAGAGGAUUGAGUAUGAGCCGGGUACCGGGUCUUUGGCUCUCUUCCCCAACAUCCAUUUGGAGACUUGUGAUGAAGCUGUCACCUCCAUCCAGGCAACAGUGGAGCUAGAGACGAGCCACAUUGGCAAGGGCUGUGAUCGGGACACAUACUCAGAGAAGUCCCUGCACCGGCUCUGCGGUGCAGCCUCCGGUACUGCUGAACUUCUUCCUCCUCCAAGCAGCGCCUUGAACUGGACUGUGGGCCUCCCCACCGAUAACGGCCAUGACAGCGAUCAGGUCUUUGAAUUUAAUGGCACUCAAGCUGUGAAGAUUCCAGAGGGGGUUGUGACAGUAAAUCUGAAAGAGCCUUUUAUGAUUUCUGUGUGGAUGAGGCAUGGCCCAGGGGGCAGGGAGAAGGAAACCAUUCUUUGCAAUUCAGAUAAGACAGAUAUGAACCGGCAUCAUUAUUCCCUCUAUGUACAUAAUUGCCGACUGGUUUUUCUCUUCCGUCAAGACCCUUCAGAGGAGAAGAAUUAUAAACCUGCUGAAUUCCACUGGAAAUUAAACCAGGUGUGCGACAAGGAAUGGCAUCAUUACGUUCUCAAUGUGGAAUUCCCCAGUGUGACUCUGUAUGUCGAUGGUGUUUCCUAUGAUCCCUUUCCAGUGACUGAAGAUUACCCUCUUCACCCUUCCAAGAUAGAAACUCAGCUGGUGGUCGGAGCAUGUUGGCAAGAGUAUUCAGGAAAUGAAAAUGACAAUGAGACUGAGACUGAGGCAGUGACUGUGAGCUCUGCAGGUGGCGAGCUACACAUGGCUCAAUUUUUUCGAGGUAAUCUGGCUGGCUUAAUGAUUCGUUCUGGGAAACUGGAAAACAAGAAGGUGAUAGAUUGUCUGUAUACCUGCAAGGAAGGGCUCGAUUUGCAAGUGACUGAGAGCAAAGGCAUGAAGAUUCAAGCAAACCCCAGCCAGUCGGUGCUGACUUUGGAAGGAGAUGACGUAGAACAGUUUGAUAAGGCCAUGCAGCACAUUUCCUACCUGAAUUCUCGACAGUUCCCCACACCGGGAAUCCGCAGGCUCCAGAUCACCAGCACCGUCAAGUGCUUCAACGAAGAGGCUUGUAUGUCAAUCCCUCUGGUGGAUGGCUACGUGAUGGUCUUACAGCCAGAGGAGCCCAAAAUCAGCUUGAGUGGUAUUAACCAUUUUGCUCGGGCAGCUUCAGAAUUUGAAAGUGCUGAGGGAGUCUCCCUGUUCCCGGAGCUUCGAAUCAUCAGCACCAUCACCCGGGAAGUAGAGCAGGACACCGAUGGUGAUGAGGAUCCCACAGUCCAAGAGUCCUUGGUGUCUGAGGAAAUCAUGCACAAUCUAGACACGUGUGAGAUCACGGUGCUGGGAGAGGAGCUCAGUGCAGACCAGGAAAGUCUGGAGGUGGACAUGGCUCGUCUGCAGCAGAAGGGCAUCGAGACAAGCAGCUCCAACCUGGGCAUCAUCAUCACAGGUGUGGACACCAUGGCCAGCUAUGAGGAGGUGCUGCACCUUGUGCGCUACCGCAACUGGCACGCCUCCACCGCAGUGCUGGACAGGAAGUUCAAGCUGGUGUGCUCGGAGCUGAACGGACGCUAUGUCAGCAACGAAUUUAAGGUGGAGGUGAGCGUCAUCCACACGGCCAACCCAGUGGAGCAUGCGAACCACAUUGCGGCCCAGCCUCAGUUUGUCCAUCCCGUGCAUCAUUCCUUCGUCGAUCUGUCUGGCCACAAUCUGGCUAAUCCCCACCCCUUUUCAGUUGUCCCCAGUACGGCAACUGUGGUGAUUGUGGUGUGCGUCAGCUUCCUAGUUUUCAUGAUCAUCCUGGGAGUGUUCCGGAUCCGGGCUGCGCACCAGCGAACCAUGCGGGACCAGGACACGGGCAAGGAGAACGAGAUGGAUUGGGAUGACUCUGCCUUGACCAUUACAGUGAACCCGAUGGAGACCUACGAGGACCAGCACAGCAGCGAAGAGGAGGAGGAGGAGGAGGAAGAGGAGGAGAGUGAGGAUGGUGAGGAAGAAGACGACAUAACUAGCGCAGAGUCGGAAAGCAGCGAGGAAGAGGAAGGGGAGCCCGAGGAAGACCAGCAGAAUGUGAAUAGACAGCAGCAGCUCGAGUGGGACGACUCUACCCUCAGCUAUUGACGCUGCCCUUCCCUGUCCGGCCGCUUCCACUUGGAAAGAAGAGACUUCCGCUGUCGCCCCCUCCCCUGGUGUAAAAAAUCCUUCGGCCAGUUGGACCCCUCCCCACUGACCCCGCUUGCUCCUGAGCGCGUAGGCCCCUCCUCCCCGCCGACCCCAUCGGGUUGCUGGGUUUGCUCCACACUCCGCGAGGUCCUUUGUCCUUCGUCAUCCCAGCUCGGCUUUCCUGACGUGCGCCCACUGUCCAGGCUUGGCUCUCCUCCUGCUCCUCCAGACGAGCUGCCAUCGUCUGACUUGUUGACGAAGGGUAAAACAUUGCUCAUUCCCACCCGGUGGGAAUUUUUUCCUUUUUUUAAAAAAAAGUUUUAUUUUUUCCAAAUUAAUUAGUGCAUGUGUAAAGUGGCAAGGAGAGGUAAAGUGUAGAUGAACUUUUUGAUAUUUUGUAAAUAAAUUGCAAUUCUGUUAUGUCCUUUUUUGUGAUAGUAUAACCAGAGCCUGGUGGUGAAGGUGAGGGAUGGGGCGGGAAGGAGGAAGGCUCCAUCUGGUGCCCUGCAGGCCUUCCCUGGGAAACAGAGAGGAGGGGCCCAUUUGCUCCUGUCACUGCCCUGCCUGAGGACAGUCUCAGGUUUGGCCCCAAGGCACUUCCAAGGGUAAAUUGUUAGAAAGCGCUGCCUGGAGGCCCAGACCAACCACGUGGGUGCUAAGCCAAGAGCUUGGAGGGACCCCACCCCUCUUGACUUGAGGCUGCUCUGCUCACUGGGUGGGAUAUACGGACCUGCCAGAGUGAUAAGAGGGGAGGGCAACCCCUGGAAGGAUGGCCAGGAACAGCAGGGCCUCUCUACUCCCCCUCCCCCCCAUUUCGGUGAUGGGAUGGGUGGGACAUAGCUGGGAUCGUCCCUUUAUUUUACACACCCCUGCUAAUCACCUGCAGUUUCUUGUACAGUAACAUGGGCUCUUGUACUACUAGCCUCCUCUUUGUUUAUUUUUCAUAAAUGUCUUUCCCCCUGCUGAUGAAAUUAUAGAAAUUAUACAAACCAGUUGUGCAUAAAAUUGAACACGUGGUUCACAGACUCCAGGCAGCGAACUGAGGUCACCAUUGAUCAGAGCACAAACACUUGAACAAACAGCCGACAGGGCUGGCCCGCCCGGGUGUGAGCUUGUAUGAAUGGCCGACCUUGGCUCUGGGGACCCCAGUCCCAUUUCUCCCCCCACCCUCCCCUUGAUCCCUUGAAGGGUCUGCUCUCCAGGGCCUGGAGGAAAGAGCAAAUGAACUUGUGGUGUUUGUUCAUGUGACUAUGGUGCCGACCUGUUGUUAGCAAAGGACCUGAGACCUGUACACACUUUUUUUUUUUAAGAAAUUUAAAUGUAAAAUUUUAGAUUUCUAAAAUGGGGGGGUGGGAGGAAUGAUUUUGACUACUUUUCUGUGAUAACAUACCUGCUAGUUGGAAGUAAACUGGGGAACUUAUGUCUAACAGUUGUCCUGUGUUCCUGUUGAUGUGUAGAUUUCUUCCUUCCAUUUACUGUCACUGUAGCUGCUGUAUUUAGACUCCAAGUGAUAAAGAGUAAAGCAUCCAUACUGACAGGCAGCCUUCUGGGUAGCCCGUCUAUAGCCGCAGUCCGCUCUUUUUUCAAUGUGUAUAUUGGUGAUAGGUCAGUUCGGAAAGACUAUAAGCUACAAUAAAUUUCUGAUUCUAA